AUGGGCUCAUGCAUCAACACAACUCGAAGAAACACAUGUAUAAUAGAAAUUCAUACAGAAAAAACCCUUUCUGACUAUGAGAAACUGAAAAUAAAAGAAGUUACUCGAUUCUGGAACUCCAAAGCCGAAAAGGCACCUCUAUUAAAAAUUGGUGAAAAUUCUUUGCUUUUGAAAAGAAAGCAGAGGAUUCAGGAGAGGCCACAAACUCAAAGCAGUUCGACGGAAAUCUGUUCUCCUUUGAAUUAUGGACAAUCUACUCCUGGAAGAUUAAGCCAAAUUUUAUAUUAA